AUGUUUAGCGCCCUCAAUCGUUUCAUUGCCCGCCUCGACUCGGAGCAUGGGCAGCAACAGCACAGCCAUUUUCGCGAUAAUCCCCAUGGUUUCCAAGUUCUGCGGAACAAAGAUCCAGAGCUUCUUCUGGAGCCCUGGUUUGACUUCGUAAUUGGGAUCAACGGACAUCUUAUUGAUGAUCCGGAUCCAAACCUUUUCGCAACAGAAAUUCGCAACUGCGCUGGAUCGAGCGUAACUUUCGAGGUUUGGAGUGCAAAGGGUCAACGAACAUAUACGACAACGAUAGCCGUUCCUUCAGAGAAUCCAACUCUUGGUGUGACUUUCCAGUUUUCACCUCUUUCGGCGACACAGCAUAUAUGGCAUAUUACCGAAAUACCGUCCACGCUCAGUCCAGCCUAUCAGGCCGGGCUUCUUCCCCAUUCAGAUUAUAUCUUGGGAACGCCCAGCGGUACCCUUCGUGGAGAGUCUGCUCUUGGCGAACUUGUUGAGGACCAUUUGAAUCGGAGUCUUGUGCUAUGGGUGUACAAUAGUGAAUUCGAUGUUGUCAGGGAAGUUGAGCUCGUUCCCAGGCGAGGAUGGGGUGGGGAAGGUGCCCUGGGAGCUGUAUUGGGAUACGGGGCCCUUCAUCGAUUACCCUUUGGUUUAGGUGAGGCGGUAGAAGGACCGGGAGAGGUGGUAUUCGAAACGAAGGACAAAGAGGAACCUAGCGAGCCAAACGAGUUGGCCCCCCCUGACGGCCCAGGAGGCCAUUUCCUCGUACCUGCGAAUAUGGCUUCCCCACCACCUUUGGUCCCGACGUCGACUCACGCGAACAUACCAAGUGCAGCUCCAGCGAAGCAUGGGCGUAAACCACGACACGCUCAUCAUGGCGGAAAUUUAAUUUUUGAUGACUAUUUCCGGGAAGGUGAGCAGAGGAGCAAAGAGGAGGAUUUUGUACCCUCGAGGAAUGCUUCGCCAAUACCGCCUCCACCAAAGGCUGGCAGGGACACACUUUCUCCUCCCCCAACGACUGCCACGGGCGGUAAUGAUACCGUGGAAUGA